AUGGUCAGGGAGGACAAGACAUCGUGGAAAGCCAGCUAUUUCCUCAAAUUGACUGUAAGUAUCACCGCAUCUGUUCCCACACCACCACCACUACCAGAACCCUAUCAACUAACGACACACUUCCUCCCCCUCUGCCGACAGCAACUUCUGGAUGAAUACCCGAAAUGCUUUAUCGUAGGCGUGGAUAAUGUCGGGUCCAAACAGAUGCAACAGAUCCGCCAAUCGUUGCGAAACGAUGCCGUCCUCCUGAUGGGCAAGAAUACGAUGAUCCGGAAGGCCAUCAGAGGACACCUCGAGAACAAUCCGGCGCUCGAGAAGCUGUUGCCGCACAUCAAGGCUAACGUCGGUUUCGUCUUCACGAACCUCGAGUUGGUUGACGUCAGGGAUAAGAUCCUCGAAAACAAAGUGAGCGCACCGGCGAAGGCCGGAGCCAUCGCUCCCGUCGACGUGUUUAUCGCCGCCCAAAACACCGGUUUGGGUCCCGAGAAGACCUCUUUCUUCCAGGCGCUGUCCAUUCCCACGAAGAUCGCGAAGGGAACCAUUGAGAUACUGAAUGAGAUCCAUUUGAUCAAAAAGGAGGACAAAGUGGGCGCUUCUGAGGCAACUCUGCUAAACAUGUUGAACGUCUCGCCGUUCACUUACGGCCUAAUCAUCCGUCAAGUGUACGAUUCGGGCACUGUUUUCGAUCCCGAGAUUCUGGACAUCACUCCGGAGGACUUGCGCGCCAAGUUCUUGGCCGGCGUUCGCAACGUCGCCGCCGUUUCGCUGGCCAUCGGUUACCCGACGGUGGCUUCGGUGCCGCACUCGAUCGUCAACGGACUGAAGAACUUGAUCGCUGUGGCCGUCGAGACCGACAUCGACUUGAAGGUCGCCGAACGCGCCAAAGAGUAUCUGAAAGACCCGUCGAAGUUCGCGGUGUCGGCCGCGCCCACAGCCGCCGCUCCCGCGAAGGGAGGCUCGCCUGCGAAGGAAGCAAAGAAGGAAGAGUCUGAGGAAGAAGAGGACGACGACAUGGGUUUCGGUCUUUUCGAUUAG